AUGUGCUAUCCGGCCGGUGUUUCAUCUAUCAGUGGCCAUGAAUCGGAGAUCAGAAUUAGACGGUUGGCAGCUCUCGCCACCGCCGUCAACCACCGGGAGGCAGGUGGUGGUGGUGGAGUGAAGAAACAGUGUCUGUGUUCACCCACGAUUCACCCUGGUUCCUUCAGGUGCAGGCAUCACCAUUCAGAGUAUGUAUGGUUUGUGAGACCACACUCAAAAAGUGCUGCAAACUCAACUUACGUCACCUUUACUAAGCUCACUACCAUACCAUUAGCCAUAGACGGUCACUCCACACCCAAACCACCGGACACCGGGGCGGUGUUCACACAUGACUUGACAAUCCACCUCAACUCUCAUGUGUCCUUUUCCUUCUCACUCGGGUUAACCUGGCUGCAUAGUAGCUCCACUCCUGCCGGUGGGGUGGCUGCGGUAGUGACUACGGUUUGCCACAUCACCUGUGAUCUACACCAUGCUGGGCGCAUGGUUCAAGCCCAGCUCGACAAGUUUUAG